AUGUAUGUCGAGAACAGAACGCUGAGAAUUACGGAGACAAAGAUGAGUUGGAGGCGCAAAAUGCUGACGACAGGGAUGAGCCGUUGCGAGCCUAGCAUUAUAGGUGUCUGGUGUAAGAAUGAUAUGAAAAUGACAUUACAUGCUAUGACAGGAAAUUUAAAGUAUAGGGGUGAAGUUGUAAAUAGUUCCUUUCUAAUUAUUAUUUUCACGCACAGUGUCAUCAACACGGCACAAAAGCUCGAUGAAAUGAUGCUCAGAACAACAAUGGCCGCUCUGUUUCAUCCCACCACCAAGCUGUACUGUUUACCCCUCAAGGCUUUCGUCUCACACUCGCUUCACAAACCCCAGCGACUAGUUUCACAAACCCCAGCGGUUAAUAAAUCGACAAAGCUACCCUCGAGCUGA